GGUCAGGCGGUAUAAACAUAAACAAAAGAAGAACAAAUUUUCCACGGUGAUUGGAUAGCCCGCAACGCGGCCUGGCAAAUCAAUAUAGAAAAUGAGCAUCGACGACGUCAUCUAUGUAAUCUGCCUGCUGGCCUGCAUCGGGGCCGGCAACUAUGUGCGUAAGGUGCGCGAUGAGUCCCAACGCAAAUUGGUAUCCACGGCAUUGGGUGUGAUUGUGGUGGUCAUUGUUUCGGGCCUCCACAGCCUGCACUGCAUUGCCUCCUUGGCAUUGGGCACCGCCAGUGUGCUGCUGGUGCAUCCAAGCAAAUGCCAUUUGGUUACAUUUGGCAUUAUGUUUGGCUACCUGGUGUUCUUUCGGCUAUUCGACUUCUACUGGAGCAUUCCCGGCCACACGAACAUGAUACAAAUGAUACUUACACUUAAGGUGUCGGGCAUUGCCUUUGAGAAAACAGCCGCCUGGAAGCGUAUACGUGAAAAGGAUGAACAGGAAAAGAAUGUAGAGCGGGAUGUGAACAGCGAAAGUCCCAUUGAGAUCACCGACUACGAUCUGGAGUUGCAGCAAUUGACAGCCGCCGAAAUAGUGCACUACAGCUUCAAUUACAUUGGAGUACUAACAGGGCCCUAUUAUCGCUAUCGCACAUAUAGGGACUACUUUGAAAUGCCAUUUAAGACGCAUGCCCCGAGCAUUGGUGCCACCAUUGAGAAGCUCAAGUGUGCCGCCUUCUAUUGCGCCCUGUAUCUGGCCAGCAACUACGUUUGGCCACUGGAUUACGCUUUGAGCGAUGAGUUCUACAAUGAUCGGUCCUUUGUCUACCGGCUGCUGUAUGUGUGGCCAACAUUCUUCACAUUCCGGGCACGCAUCUACACGGGCCUCACCCUCAGCGAGUGCGUCUGCACAAUGGCCGGCUUUGGGGCCUAUCCGGACGAUGCGGAUGCCAACAAUGGCGAGGGACCACGCAAGCGAUAUCAGCACUUGAAGCGCGAUGCGGACAAGCAUACGUAUAACUUUACAACGAUUGUCAAUACGCGUGUGAUGGAUGUGGAACGUUGCUGGACCUUCCGCGAGGGCAUGAAGCACUGGAAUGUCUGCGUACAGUACUGGCUGGCCGUCAAUGUCUACAAGCUCUUCCCCAGCAAGAAAUACAGGGUUGGCAGAACUGGUGCCACACUGCUCUGUUCGGCCUACUGGCACGGAUUCCGGCCGGGACACUAUUUCUGCAUCAUGGGCGCGCCCUUCUAUGUCGCGCUAGAGGAUAUGUGGCACAAGCUGGUGCGCAAGGAUGCCACUGGCACCGCACGGACCGUCAUCGAUGUGCUCUUCUGGAUAUUCAAGUGGUUCGCUUUCAGCUACCUGGGCUUGGCCUUCCUGCUCUCCUCGUUCGGCAACAUCUGGCGUUUCUAUAGCUCUGUGUAUCACAUUGGAUACAUCAGUUGGGCGGCAAUGAUUGGACUUGGCUUUUUCCUAACGAACCAACGGAAGGCGGCCGAACGUCGCCGGCAGAAACGUGCAGCUGCUGGAGACACUGCUGCUCCAGUGGAGGAGAAAAAGGCGCAGUGAUUACAGGCUACAGGGUUAGCUUUAAAGGGCAGUUCAAAUACAAAAGAACUGGCCCCACUUGUUAAGUGUUCCAUAAAGUCCAAUGGUAGAGCGUGCCACUAGUUAAAUUCCUAUUAUAAACGACACCAAUCAAAGCACCAAAUUGCUAAAGUUAAAGUUCUAAAGUUAUACUAAAUACUAUCUAUAUUCAAGAGAAACACACAACCAAUAUCAGGCGUAAGUAUGUACAGGAAUAUAUCCAGGGCCUUCCUUCCUUCCUUCCUUCCAUAUGCAUAACCAUUCAAAAAUAUUUUAGCUGGGAAAAAGAUCGAUGAUUGAUAUUAAUUAGUUUGUAGAUACACACAUAAAUAUGUUAACCCCAAAAUAAAUUGAAUCCUAAUAUAUAUGUA